AUGCCCAGUCAAGUUGUCCAAGCUGCUCCACCAUCACAAACAUUUCCUCUGGGAAACUGUGAUGCAGUAAUUGUACAGUUAAUACAUGGUGACCAUACCGUAAAUUUCAUUGUGCAAGUGCAGGCUAUCUUUCAGCCCAUUCCACCUUGCCACAUCACACUUCCCAAAUACCUUGUGGAUCAACCACUCUUGUAUGUGCAAUAUUAUGAGGUUGUUGGUUAUCCAUGCAAUCAGCCUGCUAUCAGCAUGUAUACAGUGGCCCGAAAAUAUCAUAACAGGCCUGGCAGUCAGAGGAUGAGAUUGGGCACAGUUAUCCCACUCACAGAUGUCACGCAUGCGGUAGAGCUUAUCCCUAUGUAUGGUGAAGGAGCUAACUGUAGGGCAAGUGCAGCAACAAGUAUGGAGGUGUAUGAGCGCUUUUACCUGAACAAUUUUUCAGACAAGGAGGUGUAUCAUGCAUUGUGCUCAGACCUGCACUAG